AUGUCUGGCUCGACUGAGGUAGAUACCGCCCUCCAUCAACUGCAAACGGAGCAAGGUCCUCUUCUUGACAAGAUCGACGAUCUUCGCGCAAUCGGAGUUGGUGGACUUGUUGGGUUGCCGCAGCUCAUCGUCUGUGGAAACCAAUCCAGCGGCAAAAGCUCUGUACUUGAGGCCAUUUCUCGUGUGCGUUUCCCGGCGAAGAGCAGUGUUUGUACUCGAUUCCCGACGGAGGUUAUUCUGCGCCGUCAUCCAGUACCCCGAUUUAAGGUGUCUAUUGAGCCUGGGCCAUCUCGGACGAGUAACGCAGAUCGGCAGAAGAUCGAAGCGUUUGCACCAGCCGAGGUCACCAACAGUGAUCAGCUAAAGUCUCUGAUUGAAAAAGCCAAGGAAUGUAUGGGGAUUACCGGCGAAGGAUUCAGUGACGACAUUCUUAAAGUCGAAAUAUCGGGACCUGAUAAGCCAGAAUUGUCACUCGUCGAUCUGCCUGGUCUCUACACGUCCCGCAGUAUAUCCCAGGAUGAGAAGGGGAUUCGGAUCGUUCACGAUAUCACUAAACGCUACAUGGGGAACAAGCGCAGCAUCAUUCUGGCCGUAGUUUCGGCAAAGAACGACUACCACAAUCAACCAGUGUUAGAUCUGGCAGAGAAUUUUGAUAGAUCACGAGAACGCACCAUCGGAAUAGUCACACAGCCCGACAUACCCGAAGCUCAUUCAGACGAAGAAGCGUCUUGGUUGCAGAUUCUUAAGAACGAGAAAGUUCCGUUAAAGCUUGGGUGGCAUGCGUUGCGAAAUCGAUCUUAUGAAACCCGUAAGGUAUCUGACGAUGAAAGAGAUGAGAAAGAGAAGGAAUUCUUCGCUAAAGGAAACUGGAGUUCUAUUGCGGCAGAAUAUAGGGGAAUCGAAAACCUUCGACGUCGACUAAGUGCUAUUCUGCUGAAGCAUAUUCAACGCAACCUUCCGGGUCUCAUCGUUGAUAUCAAUGAGAAAGUCCUCGAUCGACAAUCAAGACUGACCAAAUUGGGUCAAUCUCGAGGCACUCUACAGCAACAGAAGGGAUUCCUACUCAAUAUCAGCAGCAACUUCGAGCGCAUCACCGCCGAAGCAUUAAAUGGCAUGUACACAGAUGAUUUCUUUGGAGGCCUAGGCGAUGAUACAGGGCCUAUCGAUCAAGAUUUUCGACGUCUUCGUGCUAUUAUUCGUGAACUGAACGAAUAUUUUGCCGAUGCCAUGGACACAAUUGGGUGCAGUCAGUUCAUUUACCUCAAUAAUGAUACAUUUCCGCGACCCGUGCUUGGAAAUCCAUACAGUAAUAUCAGAAAACCGGAAUACAGGGCCAGAGCCGAUGUCGAAAGUGACGUUGGUAUACAUGCGCGUCAAAAUCGAGGAGUUGAACUUCCAGGAAGUGCCAAUCAACUUCUGGUGGGAAAGUUGUUUCGAGAACAAUCCAAGCCAUGGGAAGAAAUAGCUCGAGAGCAUUUGAUUAAGUCUUGGGAUACUGUCAGAGAUUUUGUUGGCACCCUCUUGCAAUAUCUCGCCAAUGACCACACCUGCAACCUUUUGUUGGGUGAUGUCCUUGAUCCUGAGCUAGAGAAGAUGAAAGAUCAUCUGCUAACAAAGCUGGAUGAGCUUACUGCAUACAAUAAACGAGGACAUCCAUUGCCUUUAGGGAAAAACUUUCUCACAAAAAUCCAGAAAGCCAGGAGUGAUCGCCAAAUCGAUAGACUGGAGCAGGCGUUGAAAAAAGGACCUCAUUCCGAAGAUGAAACAACUACCAUUGAGCGGCUUCGACAAGUCAAUAGUGAGCUAGAAUCGAAAAACAAUCAGUUUGCAGAGGCAGAUAUUGUCGAUCAGAUGCAAGCAUAUUAUGAUACUGCUAUCGUCACUUUCAUUGAUAAUGUUGCCACGCUUGGAAUUGAAAAUUGUCUGCUUGGCCCUCUGGGUAGUAUUCUUACUAGCCAGACAGUCAACAACAUGGAAGAUAAACAGAUCCAGGACCUUGCCGCCGAGCCUUCCUCUAUCGUGGAUGAGCGAGACCGGCUGACCCGAGAAUUGGAAAAGCUGCAAGCUGGUUCGCGCGCAUUGAGCAAGUUCAAUAUCCGAAAGGUUGGCACACAACCCUCUGUUUUGAAAUCAACCACUCAGAGUACCUCAACCCACAGAAAGACCAUUCUCAGUGCUCGAAGUUCGGUGUUGGACUCUCAGCCUUCCCGUACUGUGUCAGGCUUCAACUUCUUUGAACCAGGGCCGCCGAAAACUCCAUCCCCUAUGGUAGGGUCCACCACAAACACGAGUACCGGCAAAACGGGGUUUAGCAUUUUUGGUAAUCAAAAGGGUUCACAACCCGUGACUGAUAGGGCCCAGGGCCUUGAUUCUGAGUCUCGUAGCUUAUUUGGCUCUGGCUCUUUCUUUUCAGGUGGAGGAACUUCCAAUACAUUUAAAUCAUCGGCAUUCGGAUCGGCUACAACUCCAGACUCAAGUUCUGGUGUAUCUGGUGCCAAUCCAAGCAAACCCUCCUCCAGUCAGUCAAAUCAUUUCUCAUCUUUCCGUUCCGACAAUCCUCAAUCCAAAGUUGAGAGCAAAGUGCCCGUCACCCAACCAAGCAAUAGUUCCCAGCGGUAG